UUGUCUGCUCAAUAAUCACCAGUUCACCACAAUCAACAGUUUUAUCAGUGGUCGUUUAACUCUCUAUCUCCUUUCUCGCUUAAUACUCCGAUCCUAUAUGGCAACUACAUCGUCACCAUCACCAUCGCCAUCAACGAAGUCGAAGGGAUGGAUAAGCAAGCUCUCAUCAAUAGCAUCUCGCGUAUAUUUUAUACUCAUCGUUCUUCAAAUCCCUCUUUUCAGGAUUCCAUGUAGAGCUGGUAUGUGUUCAACUCCAAUCCAUGUUACAUCUUCGCAAUUGAUUGCAAGUGAGAUCUUCCCUGUUCCAGUAGUGAAGGCACUCCUCUACCCAGGAGCCAUUGCAAAUGGCAUUGUCACAAACAUUACUAUUCCAAGAUGGGAAGAUUUGUUAAACAUCUAUAACUUGACUACUAUAAAGGAAGCCCCUGUUGUAACUGAUCUCCAACGCUUGGAGGUUCUUACAGGAAGCUACUUCUCUGUGGCAGGAGGCCUCCUCGGAGUCCUAAAACCUGGUAGAAUGAGCAUGUUUGGGACACUACUAAUAGUUUGGGGUCUUGUCAAGGAAGGAAUCCUGGGAAAGCCAGUGAAUACAGAUCCUGCAAGAGCUGUGUACGUCUACCCAACAAUGUUGAUUGCCUUGAUCUGUGCCUUGUCAUCUGUCAAGUAUGAUUUGAAGAAGGUUACGAAAAAGCCCACUCCUCAACCCGCUGCAAAGCCUCUGCAGAGAUCAUCAAAAUCUAAGUUGAGAUGAGUUAGAAUCACUUGAAAACCAAACCUAGAUUUGGUUCUUUUUUUGUGUGCUUUGAGUUGUAAUGUAAUGGCUGUCAAUGGGAAAAAUAGAUGAUUUGGUUUUAUUUUUAAGUGUGUUUUUUAAAAAUUUUCUGUGAUGAAUCAAUGUUAUUUGAAA